AGCUAGCAAGCUUGCUACACAUGGCUAGCUCACUGGUGCUGGUUUUCAGUCUAGCCCUCACUGCAUUGGGGAGCUUCAUGAUCCCCCAGCAGGUCGAGGCUCGUGCCUUCUUCGUGUUCGGAGACUCAUUGGUCGACAAUGGCAACAACAAUUACUUAGCAACUCAGGCUCGUGCCGAUGCUCCUCCUUAUGGCAUUGACUAUCCAACUGGUCGAGCAACGGGUCGUUUCUCCAAUGGCUACAACAUCCCUGAUUUCAUCAGUCAAGCACUUGGAGCAGAAGCCACAUUGCCUUACUUGAGUCCGGAGCUCAAUGGAGAAAAGCUACUUGUUGGUGCCAACUUUGCUUCUGCUGGCAUCGGAAUCCUCAAUGACACCGGAGUUCAGUUUAUAAACAUAAUCAGAAUGUUCAGGCAAUAUGAGUACUUUGAACAAUACCAGCAAAGGUUGAGUGCCCUUAUCGGACCUGAACAGGCGCAGCAACUUGUGAACGAUGCACUUAUUCUCUUGACUGUUGGCGGCAAUGAUUUCGUCAACAACUACUACUUGGUUCCUUUCUCUGCUAGAUCUCGUCAAUAUCCUCUUCCAGAAUAUGUCGAAUACCUCAUUUCCGAGUUCAGAAAGCUUCUUCUGAGGCUAUACGAUCUUGGAGGGCGAAGGGUUUUGGUGACAGGUACAGGACCAUUAGGGUGUGUUCCAGCCGAGUUGGCCAUGAGAAGUACUAAUGGUCAAUGCGCACCCGAGCUGCAAAGAGCUGCAAGUCUCUUUAACCCACAACUUACUCAGAUGAUACGUGAAGUCAACAGUGAAUUAGGUGCCGAUAUCUUCAUUGCUGCCAACACUCAGCUCAGUCACUACGACUUCGUGUCUAACCCUCAAGCAUAUGGAUUUACGACAUCGAAAAUUGCCUGCUGCGGGCAAGGACCUUACAAUGGGCUGGGAUUGUGCACUGCAUUGUCCAACGUGUGCCCGGACAGAGACCUAUAUGCUUUCUGGGAUGCAUUUCAUCCAUCGGAAAGGGCGAACCGGUACGUUGUUCAGGCAAUUCUGAACGGUGGAACCGAGUACAUGAGCCCCAUGAACCUCAGCACCAUUUUGGCUUUGGAUUCCAGGACCUAAACAUCAUUUAUUUUCCAUUUCAGACUACGUACAUCUCUAUGAGUUUUCAUUUUCACUAUAAACAAGUGCUAUACUAUACCAGCUAGUAGCUAUCAUUAUUCAUGUGUUUGUAACUUUGUAUGCUGGAUUAUUACUACUGGAAUGUCAGGUACUGAUGAUUGAUUAUUUUCGAGUUGAUAU